UUGUCAUUUCACUGCCACCGAAAAACGAGGUGUAAUCGUGCACGAGACCGCUCCGGACCGAAAACCGGGAAUCCAGAAAGAUUUGUGUUCAAAGUGUGCUAAAGUUAUCAUCCACAAAACAGAGCAAAACUUCCCUGUUGCAUAUCAUCGUAACCGGCGAGUAAAAAGCUUAGUGUGCGUGCUUGUUUGCGAUCACAUUGCCCAUGAGACAAUUGUAAGCCGUCCCGCUGGUUGAUAAGAGAAAGCUCGUUCUUAAUACCAUGGCAACCAACGUUUCUGAUCAGCAGAAGCUGAUGGAAAUCCUUCUGGAAACGGAACGCGUUGCCGAUCGUAUUCUGGCCUACAAGCAGGAGCUGGUGGAGCUAGACAAACGGCGUCAGGAUACGCGUGAAGCGCUUCGUUUGAUAGAGAAACACAUUCCCGAGACGCAGCAGCGGUUGUGGAUAACGAUCGGUUCGAUGUUGGUCAAACAGGACCGUCCAACCGCAAUUGAGAUGUUGCGCAAGGAUCAACAGACGACCGAGGCGGAAAUUGAACGCAUUCGAAGGGAGCAGAAGUUGAUGGUUGCGAAGCAACGCGAUCUCGAGCACGAUCAGCCUUUGCGUGGAUUCGAUUUGAAACCGCUGAGUAACGCAGAAAUUGCUGGCAUACGAUCGAAUUUACCAGGGUUUUAAUGUAAAUAAGGAAUUCAAGGCUUUGUUAGAAUAAGGCGGGGACCAGUUUGAUCUCACUGUAUAAUGUAUCUCAGACUAUUUGAGCGAAGAAUAAACAUGAAACUUCUC